UACUGAUACCAGUAAUAAUAACAGUAAUAAUGACGAUAUGCAUGAUAAGCAUGCACAGAAUAAUGACAACACUAACAAUAAGGAUUUUAAAUUACCAUUAGUUCUUCUAUGCAAAGGAGGAACCUUGGAAACCUUUUGGAGAAUUCUUAACAAUGCAGGAAUAAAAGUGUCAUUUAGACUCACAUACUCACUUAGAAACAAACUCUGGCAAUUGAAAGAUUCUGUGGCGCCUGUUGAACAGAACAAUCUAGUUUAUCUAAUACCCUGCUACAAUGAUUGUCAGGUCAAAUACAUAGGUCAAACUAGUAGAACAGCGGCAGUCAGUUAGACUAACCGAGCAUAGAAACCUAGCAGGAUCCGGAUUAGUUAGCACUAGUAAUAUAAGAAAGUGGAGAAUAGUUCAGCUACAUCACUCACUACAUGCAAUCACACACAACGGUACAAUAGGAUGGAUGGGAUAAGAUGACAGUUUUAAAAUCUAAUCUCACAGGGAGAUUGAUAACAGAAGCUUAGUUUAUCGAACCAACUGCAAAUACGUGUAACAGAA